AUCAAAGUAUCAGGAUCAACAGUCACCAUGGUCGUUUAAACCUAGCUUAACCGUUGCCUAGCAACGCCUGACGUUUAGUUAAUUUGACAGUUCAUAAACAAUCCCUAAACAAAUUCGCGGGAUAUACAAAAGCGUUUUAAAUAUUUUUAAACAUAUUUUAAUAUAGUUAAAUAAUUUUAAUUAUAUUUAGAUAUGGCUGAAGAAGAAAAGAAGAAGGAAGAUGAUUCAAAGAAAGUAAUUCACACUUAUCCACUUGUAAGGCAUUCCGAUAUGCCGGAAGAACAACGUAUUGAAUCUGUGGAAUUAGUUGUUACUGCAUGUGAAAAACAUUCAUCAAAUAAUGAGGCAGCUGCAAAAAUGAUCAAAGAAGAGAUGGAUAAGAAACUCGGCCCUCCAUUUCAUGUGGUUGUUGGGGAAGGUUUUGGGUUUGAAAUAUCUUAUGAAUGUUCCAACUUACUGUAUAUGUUUUUUGCCGGUACUUUAGCCAUUGUUAUAUGGAAGUGCUAAUAUUGAGAUAGGUACCUUAUUUUGGUACAAACAUAUUUAUACAUACUAUAUUUACCUUAUAUGCUUCCGAUUUAUAAUAAAAAUAGUAUUUAAUUCCAAAG